UUACUUUUCGAUUGUGCUGUGUCUGAAUGAGUGACGGAGCCAGUGGUGGGUUGAUGAGAGACGGCCGUCAGGGCAUUGGCGGCGGAGGCGGAGGAGGACGGACUCGAUGAAGUGCGGAUCGGCUGUGCAGCGCUACCUGGCCGUGCACGAGGUGGGCUGCUGUAGCUUGCUGGCCGGGACCAGCUUCGUCGUCUUCAUGACGCUCCUGCCGCUGGUCAUCGACCCGAGCGUCUUGACGUUCGUCCUGGACUUGGAGCCGGCCGCCUGCCUUACCGUCCACAGCGCCGCGCUCAACGGCACGUCCAACUGCACGUGGACGUCGUGCCAGCAAGGCUGCACCGUCGACAUCUACAAGUGCUGGCACGUCAACGUCUCGUACCUCCUAGCCGAUCCGGCGCUGGCCGCCGAAAGGCUCGACCGCCAGCUCCUUGCCUCGCCUUACCCGCCGCCGCCGCAGCAGCCUGCCCGCCUUUACCCCAACGUGGUCGGAUGCGGUUACCCGCCCGACGUCGACUGCGACCAAUUCUUCCGCGACUACGCCCAGACGGGCGCUUUCGAGCGCACUUUCCCUUGCUACGUCUCGAUGACGGACCCGAGCGUCGCCGUCAUUCACGUCGACCGCUUUCAGGCCGCCUGUCACCUGGCCAUCGGGCUCGCUCCGCUCUUCCUCUGCCUCGUGCUCAGCGUCUACGUGUCGCUGCGCUUGCGGUGCCAGCGACGCAAUCAGUUGACGGCCCGCGCCGCCGGCUUAGUGUCGGCCGCCCGUCUGGCCGAGGAGCAAGCCCGUCGCAUCGUCGAAUCGAAGCGCAGACUGGAGAGCCGCAAACAAUCGUGGCUCAAUUCCUUCCGGCAGGAUCGCAUUACGUCGUCGACGUCGGUGGCUUACUCGCCGUCGUCGCCGCCGCCGCCGCCGCCGCCUAAUCGCUUCGUUUCCGGAUUUCCAGCCGUCCCUUAUCCGGCAAUUAGCGACGAUCGCGGACCGCUGGCCGUGGCUCACGAGCCGGCGCUCGCCUCCGUCAAAGGCAAACAAUGUCGUCAACAGCAUCUUGAUUUCGAACGGCGAGAGCAAUUACACGGACGCGAGAAAUCCAUCGACGAUGGAUGUCCUUUGGCCGGCCAACCGUCGUCGUUUGCCUGCCCGUCAUCGCCGCCACCGAUGUCGCAGACGGGCACCGAUUCGGCCGUUAUUGCCUGCAUUAGCGCCGCCCUGCUGCAGCAGCAUCACUACUCGCCAUUACCAGUUGAUAGUCCCGAAACGUGACCGCCCCUCCCCAAUAGUUCUCCCUCACUCCCGCCUCGAAUGGCCCGCUCGCAAAACACAAACAAAAAUAAGGAGAAGCGAAAAAAAAAAAAAAAAAAAAAAAAAAAAGGAAAUGAUGUUGGCGGUGUGGGGUAUUAACUUUAAACGCACCAAACAUCCACGAUCCGGCCGUUUUCAUGACUUUUUUUUUUGUGUGUGUGUGUGUGUGUGUUUGAGUCUGUUUUGUUCGGAAUCGUUAGCCAAAAAGGGAAAAAGAAACAGCUGUCGUGUGGGGACUUUAUUACUACUUACUAAGGUUGACUAGCAAUUGUGUUUUUGUGUCCGUCCCGGACAGACAUUUUCUAUGCCCGUACUAGGGGCAACAACAGAAAACUAACUUUCAAUGCCCAAACAUACAUACACACACACACACACACACACACACACACACACACACACACACACACACACACACACACACACACACACAACGGUCACACACACAUUGGGUUAAGCGUUUUCUCGUGUGCGUUCGUGCGUGCGUUCACCCUUCGUGAAACAGUUGGGGUCGCAGAGACUACAGUUUUUUGGAACAUCCAACAACAAAUCAAUUUUUUUU